AGAGUGUAAGAAUGCCAAUUGUGGUCUUGUGUUUGUAAUUGUACGUAUUUAUGGCUGCUUUCAUACUUUGACGCCCUUGUAGUAUGGACUAUGGAGCAUGAAGAUACGUGUCCUUGGAAAAAUAGCAACCCUCUGAUUCGCACGUUGCCAAAAAACUGCCAAAACAGGAAAUGUGCAGUAUGGAGAGAUCUCCGGAACUGGUUCGGCUUCAGGGGCGCCAGUUUACCGCAAGUCGCGUUUCAAGAAAUUUUCCGGGAUGUAGCACACGAUGGAUCAGGGUUAGUAGUUGUUUGUCCCUGUUAAUUGUCUCUAUAGGGUGUAUGAGAGAAUGUCCGUCGAGGGCGGCUCCCUGUUGGCAUCCAUCGUGGAACUCAUGACUCUCAAAAAUCGCAAUGAUGAUCUUUUCAUAAACGGGGUGUCUAGAGUUGUUUUUGGUCGUAGCAAUGGUACCUGGUCACAGCUUAUUAAAGGGCUUAACGCAAGAAGAAUUGUGGAUAUUGUAAACAAUGUAGACAAUCUUCACCUGUUUGCCAAAAAGUAUCUUUGCGGAGCUCAAUUGCUAACAUCUCCCAGAGCUGUUUCAAACUAUCUAAAGGUCUGUAUCACAUUUUCAAUCAAUGAAAUCGCGGGGGAAAUUUUGCACAGCGAUCCAAUCAAAUGGGUCAUCCCUUUGGUGCAACAUAUUUAUCAUGCAAAUAGCUUUAACCAUCUGCAAUCUGAGUCUGACAAUUCACUUUUGACAAGCCUUCAUGCCUACAUGGGUUAUACACAAAAUGGACUAUUACCCCGAAUCAAGGAAUGUUUUGAGAAUCUCCACAACACACCAUACGGAACUGAGGUGCACGGUUAUGUAUUGCUGAGUUCAUUCGCAACAGAGUACUUUGGUGAACUCUAUAAGUUUCAGUCUGAUGCAAAUUCUGAACGUGUAAAGAGUGAGGCCACAACGUUUUUAAAUAGCAAGGCCAUUGAAAUAUUUGCGGCGCUAUAUAUGAAGCUUCAUUUAAUCCAUAUUGGUGAAAAUAUAAAUCCAUUGAAUCAAAGAAGUCUACAAGAUAUGAGGACAAUAUUCAUAAAUCUGCUAGGUGCUUGUUGGUCAAUAUCGCAAGGCAAUAAACGUGAUGUCUGGAUGGCAAACUUAUUUAAAACUUUGAGACAAAUCCAGCUAACAGUUAUGUUGUCAACUGUUAGAGAGACCACCAGUUUGAAACAGGUGGCAUAUAAAGAUAUAAAAAAUAGUUCAAUCGUCGAGAAUAAGGUCGAAUUCUUGAUGAAUCAGGGGCCUAGUACAGACAAAGAUCAAGUAGAUGCAUCUUGUGCCCUUGAUAUACAGGGAUUCGCAGGCGAAAUAGGUGCUACUGUUUACAACGCUUGCGGAGAAACCAUACACAACCUACAAGAAUCCUACGAUUAUUUGAAGACAAAGGCCUACAAGUUGUUUAGAGACCAAUGUAAAGGAACACCUCCGGAACCAUCCGGUCACAAACACGUCAUAUAUAACAAGGAAAUAAAACAGGAGGUUGACGAGAAUACACUUCCAAUUAAUGUAAAAUAUAUCGGACAAACAGAAACUGAUGAUGAAACCGCUUAUGUUACCAUACCUCUAAGCAAAGUGGGAAACAAACGAUUUAAUUAUCGUACAGUUCUAAAAAGGAACGACGAAGAAGUUGUGGAACUCGCAAUAAAUAGUGUUAAGAAGGAACAUCCGGUGUUAUGUUUCAAGGUUCCAACUAAAUUUUAA